AUAAAUGAAUCUGUCUCUCCUGCACCUAAAAUUCAACCUAUUUAUUUGAGCCCCACUUAAACCAGAUAUGUUCUGUAAUUCUAGAGGAAACCAAGUUCUAUUCGAUAACUUAUUACCCAUGCAGAUGAAAACAUUCUGAACGACUUUGAGGGACUGAUUUUGCUAUAACUACUUCACAUCCCAUUGCUCAUGUUAGAGAAAACAUCCAAAAAUUAGAAGUGAGGGACUGGUUUUGCCAUAACUACUAACAGUACGUACUACCAUAAUACCAACCCCAUUAUGUUCAGAAAUCUAGUCUAUUCAUUAUUCUUUGUUCUAAACAUUGCUGCCUAUCUUCCCAUCUCUGCUUUAAACCAUGAAGGUCUGUCCCUCCUUUCAUGGCUCUCAACCUUCAAUUCCUCCUCCUCUUCUUCUUUCUUUUCUUCUUGGAACUCAACCCACCAAGAUCCAUGCAAGUGGGCUUAUAUUAAAUGUUCCACAGAAGGUUUUGUAGUAGAAAUCGCAAUCAAGUCUGUCAACCUCCCUACCAGAUUCCCCACUGAGCUCCUUUCCUUUAACUCCCUCACCACCCUUGUCCUCUCAAAUGGAAAUCUCACUGGAGAAAUCCCAGCAUCAAUUGCAAAUCUAUCUUUGCUGACCACUCUUGAUCUCAGCUUCAAUACUUUCAAUGGAAAAAUCCCUUCUGAUAUUGGAAAAUUGUCCAAACUACAACUGUUAUCAUUGAAUUCCAAUUCAUUUGAAAGUGAGAUUCCCCCUGAAAUUGGCAACUGUUCAAAACUUCAGCAACUUGAACUCUUUGACAACCGGCUCACAGGACGAAUUCCAGCAGAAUUAUGCCAUUUAUCAGGUCUGGAAAUCCUUCGGGCAGGUGGGAAUCAUGGAAUUUAUGGAGAAAUUCCAACGGAGAUUUCAAACUGUAAAGGCCUAAUGUUUCUUGGACUUGCAGAUACUGGGGUUUCUGGGCAGAUUCCAUAUGGUAUAGGAGAACUGAAGAAUCUCAGAACUCUUUCAGUCUACACAGCAAACCUCUCCGGUGAGAUCCCACCAGAAAUUGACAACUGCUCAGCUUUAGAAAAUCUGUUUUUAUAUGAAAACCAAUUAGUUGGUCAGAUUCCUGCCGAAUUAGGCCAGUUGAAAUUUUUGAAAAGGAUCUUGUUAUGGGCAAACAAUCUAAAUGGGAAUAUACCAGUAGCUCUUGCAAACUGUUCAUAUUUGACAGUUAUCGACCUCUCUUUGAAUUCACUCAAUGGUGAACUUCCUCCACUUUCUAGUUUGGUUGCAUUAGAGGGGCUCUUGCUGUCUGAUAACAACAUUUCUGGUAACAUACCUCCAUUUAUUGGCAACUUCUCCAACAUGAAACAACUUGAAUUGGAUAACAACAGGUUCUCCGGUGAGAUUCCAGCUGAAAUUGGGCAGCUGAAGGAAUUGUCUCUGUUUUAUGCAUGGCAGAAUCAGCUCAAGGGAAACAUUCCAUUUGAAUUAGGCAGUUGUGAGAAACUUCAAGCGUUAGAUCUUUCCCAUAAUUUCCUAUCUGGACCAGUUCCAAUGUCUUUAUUCAAUCUGAAGAAUUUAACACAGAUUUUGAUGAUAUCCAAUGAAUUGUCUGGUGAGAUCCCAGCAACAAUAGGCAGCUGCACCAGCCUAAUCCGUGUACGCCUGGGAUCAAACCAAUUUUCAGGUCAAAUUCCAGCCGCCAUUGGCCUUUUAAGUCAUUUGAGUUUUCUUGAGUUGUCAGAGAAUCAAUUCUCUGGAGAAAUUCCUCCGGAAAUUGGAAACUGCACUCAGCUAGAAAUGGUUGAUUUGCAUGAAAAUAAACUUGAAGGCAUGAUUCCCACUUCUAUUGAAUCUCUUAGAAAUCUCAACAUUUUAGAUCUUUCAAUGAAUAGAAUAUCAGGAUCCAUUCCAGAGAACAUGGGAAACCUUACUUUGUUGAAUAAACUAGUUUUAUGUGGAAACUGCAUUACUGGUUCAAUACCAAAGUCCUUGGGUCUCUGUAAGGAUCUACAGUUGUUGGAUAUGAGCAUCAACAGAAUCACAGGUUCAAUCCCAAAUGAACUAGGUAGCUUGCAGGGAUUAGAUAUCCUAUUGAAUUUGAGUUGGAAUUCUCUGUCGGGCCCAAUUCCAGAAGAAUUUUCAAAUCUUUCAAGGCUUGCAAGCUUAGAUCUCUCUCACAACAUGUUGACAGGAAGUCUAAGGGUAUUGGGUACGCUUGAAAAUCUUGUUUCCUUGGAUCUCUCGUACAAUAAACUCUCCGGCCAUCUUCCCGAUACAAAGUUUUUCAGAGAGCUCCCCACCACCUUUCUUUGCGGUAAUGAAGAUCUCUGCAUCAAUGGAAAUGAAUGCAAAGCUAAAAAGAACCUCUACACCAGAAAUUUACUUCUUCGUGUUCUGCUCAGUACUAUGGCAGUUGUUGUUAUCAUAAUCUUUGGAGUCUUAAUGGUUAUCCGAACUCAUAGAGCAGAGGUCAGGAGAGAUGAGGAAGAAUACAAUGAAUCGGACUGGGAGUUCACCCCUUUUCAGAAGCUGAACUUCUCCAUCGAUGAUGUUGUUACACGGUUGUCAGAUUCCAACAUCAUUGGAAAAGGCUACUCUGGUGUGGUUUACCGUGUUGAGAUUCAAACGGGUCAGCUGAUUGCAGUGAAAAAGCUAUGGCAUGUCGAUAAUGGAGAUUUUCCAGAGAGGGACUCAUUCUCUACGGAGGUCCAGACUCUUGGAUCAAUCAGGCACAAGAACAUAGUGAGACUUCUGGGUUGCUGUACUAAAGGGAAAACUAGAUUGCUCUUGUUUGAUUACAUCAGUAAUGGGAGUUUGGCUGGAUUGCUUCAUGAGAAGAAGGUAUAUCUAAACUGGGAUUCAAGAUACAAUAUCAUAAUGGAUGCAGCCCAAGGUCUGUCCUAUCUUCACCAUGACUGUGUCCCCUCAAUUGUUCAUCGUGAUAUCAAAUCCAAUAACAUUUUGGUCGGGCCACAAUUUGAAGCUUAUCUUGCAGAUUUUGGCCUUGCAAGGCUUGUAGAUCCCUCAGAUCAUUCAAGAAAUUCCUGCACCGUAGCAGGUUCUUAUGGGUACAUUGCGCCUGAGUAUGGAUACAGCUUGAGGAUCACAGAGAAAAGUGAUGUUUACAGCUAUGGUGUGGUUCUUCUAGAGGUCUUAACUGGAAUGGAGCCAACUGACCAUCAGAUACCUGAUGGUACCGACAUUGUCAGUUGGGUUCGAAGGGUACUUGAAGAAACAGAAGUAGAAGCUGCAUCCAUUCUUGAUCAGCAACUUCAAUGCCGGUCAGGUACUCAGAUCCAACAAAUGCUUCAAGUGCUUGGUGUGGCUCUCUUAUGUGUGAACCCUUGCCCAGUUGAGCGACCCACCAUGAAAGAUGUAACAGCUCUGCUUAAGGAGAUCAGGGAUGAAACUGAGGACUUCACUAAAACAAAUUUUGUGGGCAAGCAAGUGGCUGGCAAACCCAAAGCAGCAGUCCACUGUACUAGUUUUUCUAGAUCAUCAGAACCGCUUAUCAGUUCAUCUUCCUUGUUUCUUUGCCCAAAAGAUGUAUCUGGAGCGGAUUGACUUCUUCUCAUUGACAUGUAUAGAUCUUCUUUUUGAAAUAGGACUAUUAAAUUCCAUUUUGGUUCUAA